AUGUGGUUGAAACAAUAUAUGACAGAGGAACUUGAGCCAGGAUCCAAGCACAGCACGGGGGAGAAGGAGGGAGGAGCUCUGGAACUUGGCAUCUUAGAAACUGCAGCCAAGGCUGGACCUGGAGCUUACCUUUCUCCUUCUGAUAUAGCUGCUGAGAUCCCAAAUAUAAAGAGCCCUGAUACACCUGCCAUGCUGGAUCGCAUGUUGCGCCUCUACAACAUCCUCACACACUCUCUCCUUCAAUUCCCUGAUGAUAAGGCACUAUAUAUGGUCUUCACCCAAAAGCCGAAUACUUUGUCAACAAUGAAGAUGAUGCGUCUGUGGCUGCUUAUUUUCUCAUGGCACAGGACAAAGUCCUCAAAGACAUAUGGUGUGGAACAUGUAGGUGGAGACAUGUUUGUGAGUGUUCCAAAAGCUGACGCUAUUUUUAUGAAGCCCAAGCAAAAAGAGAGAACAGAGAAAGAGUACAAGGCAUUGGCUGAAGAAGCUGGAUUCCAUGCAUUUCGAAUUGCAUCUUUUUCUCUCAAUACUUUUAUGAGAUUAUUAUCGUUGAGGCAUGUUUUGAUGUUCGCGGUAAUUGGGGCAUUGUGGAACUUGCAAAGGUCAGAGGGUAUUCGAUUUGUCAUUGACAGAGACGAGUGUUUCUCCCAUGAUGUCAAGUACGAGGGUGACACUGUUCAUGUCUCUUUUGUUGUUAUUAAGGCUGAUUCUCCCUGGCAUUACGGCGACGAAGGUGUCGAUCUCGUGGUAAAGGGACCUUCUGGUGAGCAAAUUCAUGAUUUUCGGGACAAGACCAGUGAGAAGUUUGACUUUGUGGCUCACAAAUCAGGGGUCCAUAAGUUCUGCUUCACCAACAAGUCUCCUUAUCAUGAAACUGUCGAUUUUGAUGUACAUGUUGGUCACUUCUCUUACUUUGAGCAACAUGCGAAAGAUGAACAUUUUGCCCCUUUGCUGGAGCAGAUAGGGAAAUUGGAGGAAGCUCUCUACAACAUUCAGUUUGAACAGCAUUGGUUAGAGGCUCAGACUGAUCGUCAAGCAAUAGUGAACGAUGCAAUGAGCCGAAGAGCAAUACACAAGGCAAUUUUUGAAUCAGCAGCACUAAUUGGGGCUAGUGCGCUCCAAGUCUACCUUCUACAGCGAUUGUUUGAACGAAAGUUGGGCACCUCAAGAGUUUAG